ACGGGUUAAGUGUUUAUGCAUUUGGAGGCAGCUAUAAAAGUCUUAUUGUGUCCUGCCCCUCGAGUCCUCGCUCCUCUCACCUUCCAUCUCCGGCCCUUCGCUUUCUCUCAUCUCCCUCCACAACCUGGCCUCCUUUUGUCUCCUCUCUGCUGCACUCGCCCACCCCUUCACUCAGCUGACAGGAUGGCAAUGACAGAUCUCUUAAAAGCUGAGGAGAUCAAGAAAGCUCUUGAUGCCUUCGCAGCCGACACGUUCGAUCCUAAGAAGUUCUUUGAAAUGGUGGGAAUGAAGGCCAUGUCAGCCGAGAACGUCAAGAAGGUCUUCCUGGUUCUGGACGUGGACGGCAGCGGGUUCAUAGAGGAGGAGGAGCUCAAGUUCGUGCUGAAGGGCUUCUCCAACGACGGCAGAGAUCUGACCGACGCCGAGACAAAAGCUUUCCUCAACGCCGCCGACAAAGACGGAGACGGAAAGAUCGGCAUCGACGAGUUUGAAGCUUUGGUGCAUGAGUAAAGAAGGGGAAGCCGAGCGCCCCCUCUGCUUCUUCUUCUUCUCCUUCUUCUUCUGCUUCUUCUUCUUCUUCCUGCGCCUCCUCUUCGCCCCCCCUCCCCUUGCAUUCACAUUUUGUACCUGCCGCCUUCAAACUCGUCCCCCCACCAGGACCCUCGGAGUCAGACGAGGCCUGAUCUCUGCAGAACACGACCGAAAACAGGCCGACGGGGGAGUCGACGUGAGGAGAAACACACGGGCGCCUGUUUCCUUUUUCAUUUCUCAUCAUUAUUAUUAUUUUUUUUUUAUAUGUGUAUUUAACCUCACAUGCUGUACGGAUUUCAGAGUCAUUCUUAAUGAUUUCACGUGGUCUAAAAACAGGCGGUACUAGUGUCGUAGAUGGUGUAGAUGUUACAAAGAUUCCUCCUUAAAUCUUAAUUUCCUUCCCUCUGUGUAUUUCAGGUAGUGCGUUUUUGUCUUGAUUGGUUUUGAUUUUUCUGGAUGUCAGUGCACCUCCCUCCCACACCGCAACUUUUUUCUCAUCCACCUCCCUUCACCUCACCUCCUCUCCUGUAUCCCUUCCUCCUCCUCCUCCUCCUCCUCCUCCUCCUCACUCCCUGCCUCUGAUGAGAUGAUGUAGUAAAUAAAGUCACUUAUAAGGAACCCUGAGAAGAGAGACAAGAUCUCAGUAAGAAAUGAUAAUAAUAAGAAUAAUAAUAAUAAAAAAAAAAAACUUGA